AUGGCCAACGAUCCAAUCGAGUUGCUGCUUGGAGCGGAAGUAUGCUCGGUCAUCCUCGAGGAGGGUCUUCGCAAGGGAGGUCCUCAAGAGCCAAUCGCUCAACGCACGCUGCUGGGCUGGAUCCUGUCCGGCGGGUGCGGGGACGCCUCGUCACCAACGCCGCGCACAUCUCUCCAGUGCACGGCUGAGCGCGAGCUGAUCUCUCUCGUGCAACGCUUUUGGGAGCAGGAGCAAGAGGCCUCUGCCCCCGACGCUCUCACGCCGGACGAACAGCGGUGCGAGGACAUAUUCGCUCGCACACACAUUCGCACCGAAACUGGCAGGUACAUGGUGAAGCUGCCAUUCACCUCUCCUCCGCCGACGAUCGUGGAGACCCGCAAGCCUGCAGAACGACUGCUGCACGUCAUGGAGCGAAGGUGUGAGCUCAAUUCCCGGUUCGGGGAGCUUUACCGCGCCUUCCUCAAAGAGUACGAGGACGUGCGCCACAUGACGCUCGUGGACGAGCCGCCCAAGUCCCUCAACCAAGGGCAGUGCUACCUGCCUCAUCAUGGUGUGCUUCGGGAGUCAAGCUCCACCACCAAGCUGCGCGUUGUCUUUAACGGCUCUCAGCGCACCCGGUCCGGUGAGUCACUGAACUCCCACCUUCUCGUUGGCGCCAACCUGCUACCGGCCCUCGCGGACGUGUUGAUGCGCUGGCGCUGGCACCGAUACGCGCUCGUAGCUGACAUCGAGAAAAUGUACCGCCAAAUCCUCGUUGCUCCUGAGGAUCGUGACUACCAGCGAAUUCUCUGGCGGCACUCUACAGCUGAUCCGGUCCGCGAGUUCCGUUUGAAUACCGUGACCUAUGGCCUCGCGUGCGCACCGUUCCUGGCUAUCCGUACGCUGAGGCAACUCGCUGCCGACGAGGAGUCCCGGUUUCCACGCGGUUCCACUAUCUUGCGCCGCGACUGCUACGUUGACGACAUCGUCACCGGAGCGCAUGAGAAGUCCGACGCGAUCGCGGUACAGUCCGAGCUCCACCAGCUGUGCAUGGCGGGCGGGUUUCCGCUUCGCAAAUGGGCAGCGAACUGCCCCGAAAUUCUCGCGGGAAUUCCACUCGAGCACCGCGCAAGCAAGGAACCGCACUUGUGGGAACACGAGAUCCACUCCACACUGGGGUUGCGCUGGCAUCCGAGCGACGAUGCUUUCGCGUUCACCAUCCAACCCCGCACCGUCAGCAGCUACACCAAGAGGAGCGUCCUCGCGGAAACGGCGCGACUAUUUGAUCCGCUGGGAUGGUUGUCGCCCGUUAUCAUUCGAGCAAAAAUCCUCCUCCAGUCGACCUGGAUGCAGCAGCUUGACUGGGACGCGCCGCUCUCGUCGGUGGACAUCCUUCACUGGAGACGCCUCUUCGAGGAGCUCCCGCUUCUCGAGGGUCUUCGCGUCAACCGCUGGUUGGGCAGCGGAGCCGAGAACACUCUCAUUGAGCUCCACGGCUUUGCCGACGCGUCCGAACGCGGAUACGCCGCCGCUGUCUACCUCCGCCUUGGAGACGGCAGCAAGGCCCGCGUGCAAUUGCUCGCUGCCAAAAGCAAGGUCGCUCCUAUAAAACCAGUCUCGUUGCCAAGACUGGAACUCUGCGCCGCCGCCUUGCUCACGAAAUUGGUAGCGCACGCUCAAUCGAUCCUUAGUUUGUCCACAGCUCCGACUAUUCUCUGGUCCGACUCGACAGUUACACUCCACUGGAUACAAGGCCAUGCCUCUCGGUGGAAGACCUAUGUGGCCAACAGAGUCGCAUAUGUCCAACAGCGUCUUCCCGAAGCCAAAUGGCGUCACGUUCCGGGCAUCGAGAAUCCCGCAGACUGCGCCUCCCGGGGGAUUGCGCCGAGCCAUCUCGUCCACCAUCCCCUCUGGUGGACAGGCCCUCCUUGGUUGCUCAAGGACCGAGCGAGCUGGCCACAGGAAGGUCUCGAAGUCGCUGACGAUGAGAUCCCCGAGAGGAGAACCACUGUGCAUGUUGCCGUCGCUAAAGUCGAGGACGAGCCGGAGCUUCUCCUCCGGUUCUCCUCGCUGCAUCGGCUUCAACGAGUGACCGCCUGGUGUCUGCGUUGGCUACGCGCCGCGAAAAAACCCGAGGGGCGCCGCGCAUCACUGACUCUAAGCCCCGACGAGCUCGAGUCGGCACUUACACGAUGGCUUCGCGUGCUACAAGCCCUGCACUACCCCGCCGAAGUCGCCGCCGCCACGGACAACCGCGCUCUUCCACGCAAUAGCAAGCUCCUUAAGCUAAACCCUUACCUGGAUGACUCCGGAGUACUCAGGGUCGGCGGACGGUUGAAGCACGCCGUGCUUCCCCACGAUGAGAGGCACCCGAUGAUCGCCCCGCCGUUGUCCCACCUAACUCGGCUGUUAGUGGAGGCCUGCCACCGACGCACUCUGCACGGCGGAACUCAACUCACCCUGGGGAUGAUCCGACUGCGGUUUUGGGUUCCACAGGGUCGUUCGGUCGUCAAGCAGUGGCUGCAUCGGUGCGUCACUUGCACCCGAUGGCGAGCCGCCACUCCGCAACCGCCAAUGGGCGAUCUGCCACGGGAACGCGUGACUCCGGCCCGUCCUUUCCUUCGGACCGGCAUCGAUUAUGCCGGCCCGAUCUUCGUUCGCACUUCCAAGGGGCGAGGGCACCGAGCACAUAAGGCAUUCAUUGCCAUCUUCGUGUGUCUGAGCUCCAAGGCCGUGCACAUCGAAGUAGUCUCAGACUACUCGACCGACGCACAGUGGUCUGGAUCUCGAAAAAGGCGGCCAAAAAUCGAAAAAAUGAAAUUUGUCAUAAUGAGUUUAGUACCACAGAAUCUUGUAGAGAGGGCCUUGCUGCAUGUUAUUCCAAAGGGGAAGGGAGAUAUCUUUUAUACUUGA